GCACCCCACUUCUGGGCAUCAUAUACUCAAUAGCCCACUGGAAAGCAAAGAGUAACAUCAACAAGCAUACAAUUUAAUGCACGUGCUUUAGGAGAAGAUGAAAACAUUAAAGGCAAAGUUUAAGAAGACAGAGAGUCAGGACUGGAGUAAGACAGACGACAGACUGCUGCAGGCGGUGGAACAGAAUGAUCUGGAAAAAGUAUCAACACUGCUGGUGAAGAAAAGUCUUUGUCCAUCCAAACUGGAUGCAGAGGGGAAAUCAGCGUUUCAUCUUUGUGCAUCUCGAGGUCAGCUGGACUGUCUCGAGGUCAUUCUCUCCCAUGGGGUGGACAUCAGUGUAACAGAUGGCACAGGGUUUAAUGCUCUCCAUCUUGCUGCCAAGAAUGGACACUCAGAAUGCCUAAAGAGACUUCUUCAGGAGAGGAUGCCCAUCGAUUCCACAGACAGUUUUGGAAGGACUUCUCUGCACCAUGCUGCUGUAAGUGGCUGCUUGUCUUGCACUGAAACUCUGUGGGACUUUAAGGCCAACCUUGAUGCUCAAGAUGAAGAUGGAUCAACUCCAUUGAUCUUAGGAGCCCAGAUGAGCAGAGUGGAGUUGUGCGCUUUCCUUUUAGAACGAGGAGCAAAUCCUAAUAUACAGGACAACCAGGGCAGAUCAGCUCUGAUGCUGGCCUGUGAAAGUGACAGCAUGGAGACUGUAGCGGUGUUACUGAAGGGCGGAGCCAACCCACAUCUAACCGACGCCCUGGGACACAAAUCCACCCACUACAGCAUUGCUGCCGGCAACCAAAAUAUAACCCAGCUUCUGCAAAAUGGAGGUGGCAGGGCCACAGCUGCUGAGGGUUCAAUUGAAGAGAUGGAGGAUGAGGAGGUGUUUGAAGAGAUACCUAAGCUCAGACUGGAGAGAGGUCGCCUGCUGCAGAAAAUCAAGAUUCUGGAGCAGCAGCAAAACAGUGCCACCACUGCCCUGGAGGAGCUGAACUCUGUGAGAGAGCGACUGAGUGAAGCCGAGGCAGAGCGUGACCGACUCAUAGCUAAGCUGGAAGAUCUGAAAGCAGCAAGGGUGAGCGGUGUGACCUGUGACUCGGAAGACAUGGAGGACUCUGAUGACAUGAUGGACUUCCCAGGAGCAGAACAGUUGCUGUCUAGGCAGUCACAAGGCCUGAACGGUGAUUCGUCUGGUGAUGGGGAAGGGGCUGUCUCUCAGGGGAUUCCUGCCUCAGUGGAACAACUCCGCAGGAAAGUGGAGGAACUGACGUCAAAGAAUGCCGACCUGGUUCUUAAAGUGCAGAUGCUGGAGAUGUUCGAGAAGGACGAUAAAGACAUGCAGAGUUCGGGUCCAGACUUUGUACCCACAGCUCAAUACGAGUCUUUGAGAAGAGAGUUAGAGGAACUGCAAGAGAAAUACUCCAGAUCCCAUGCUGCUACUGAGGCCUCAAUCACUGCAGAGGAUCCUGGAUCUGAGGAGAAGCCAGAAGAGGUGUCAGGUGAGGACCAUCGAACACAGAAGGAAUUAGAGGAACAGCUGCUACAAGCCCAGGCUGAGCAAGAGGAACUCAGAGAACAGAUGCGACUUGGCGUCUUCUCAGUGGAGGACGCAGGAGCGAAGCCUGACACGGACUCUGAUGUCCCAGAGGAAGGGGCAAACUCAGAGACCCAACAGCUGAGAGUGAGGGUGCAGGAGUUGGAGGCAGGGUUAGCCAGCAAACAGACAAAAGGGGAGGGGCUUAAUGUAGGCGACAACGACACAAUCCGACAGCUGAAGCAGAGGGUGGAAGAACUUGAGGCAACUCUGCAGGACAAGGAGAAAGGGCAAAAUGGAGACAAAAAUGAGACAGUUGUGAGCCUUAAAAAGCAGGUUAAAAAGUUGGAAGAAGCCCUGGAGCAAAGCAAAGUGACUGGGCAUGGGGAUGGCGAGGGAGUGCCGGUAACAGAGUUGCGGGCACGGAUGGAGGAACUUGAGCAGAAGUUGAAGGAGAGCGUCCCUCGAGGUCAGUUCGAGGAGGUCCAGAUCACCCUUGGACUUCAGCUGAACCAGCUUGCCCGAGAACGGGCCGAAGUGGCCACGCGACUCAACCAAGCCUUGCUGGAGCUGGAGAGACGCUCCCCAUUCCACAUCGAAGGAGAUGAAGAUAAUGAGGACGACGAGGAUCCGUCCGAGAGCUCUGAGGUUUCCACUGCAUCCGAUCACUCUCGCCACCUGUCAUCGGGUGGACGGUCUUUGGCGGAGAUAAAGGAGGAGUUAGAGGUGGUGAGGCAAGAGGCAGCACAAGGUCUCGACAGCCUGUGCGCAGAGCGAGAGAGCCGGGCUCAGGAUGUACUACAUUUGAAAGAUGCAGUACCACUGUCAAAACACCAGGAGGCAAUGUCUGCAGUUGCCCAACAGCUAGCUCAAACAGAGAAAGAGCUGCAAGCUGAGAGGGCCCUGCGAGAACAUGCACAAACUGAGCUGGCCAGACUUGAAUCUGAACUGAAGGUGGCGCAAAAGGACUCGAUAAGCAAAGAAGAGCAUGAAAGAGUCAAGGCAGAACUGGAGCGCUCUCUAGAGGAAAGUCAGCAGAAUGCAACAGCAGCGCAGGAGUCUCUGAGCGAGAAAGAGACAGAGCUGAAAGAGCUGCGAUCUCAGAAGGCUUUAGAACAGGGACUGGUGUCCAAAGAAGACCACGAGGCCCAGAGACUCUCUCUACAAGCUGAGAUCAACACGCUGAUGACCCAGCUAGCUGAUCUAGCACGCAAACAUGAGAAGACCUGUAUUGAGGUAUUCCAGGUGCAGCGUGAUGCUCUAUUUAAUAAGAGCGAGCGUCACAUGGCUGAAGCUCAGCUGGAGACAGUUAAAAAGCAGCUGGCUGAUCUGCAGGUCGAAUCCACCCAUAUCCAACAGCUGCACCAGGACAUCCAGCACUCGCAGGGGCUCGUCAAGGAGAAAGACCGCAAGAUCACAGAGUUGUCUAAGGAGGUGUUUCGUCUGAAGGAAGCUCUGGGGGAUUUGAAACCCCCUCUAAGUAGUUCCGCAUCCCCACCAUCCUCAGGAAUACCUGGACAACAGCUGGCACUGCAGAACCGUGUGACUGCACUAACACAACAACUCCAGGACUGCGAGCGAAAACAUAAAGCUGUUGUGUCUAUAUAUCGUUCUCAUUUAUUAGCUGCUGUACAGGGUCGAAUGGAUGAAGAAGUGCAGGCUCUGCUGCUCCAAAUUUUACGUAUGACACAGAAAGGUCAAAAUCCAUAAAAAAAAAAAAAAAAGCAAAAUAGCAAUACACAGAGAUCAAGCUAGUUGUCUGCUUCAUACAGUAUGUGACACACUAACGGAACACCUGAACCGAAAAUGUAUCAGCACUGUGCGCAGCCACGAUGGGGCGUAGAAGACGAAAUGUCAGAGAUAAAACUGUGAAUGAGAACUGCCAUUCUGGCAGAUAUAAUUUUGGAAAAUGACAGAGAUUAAUAUAUUUCCUGUAUCCGCAAUGAUUUAUGUUUGAUCUAGAGGGUGAACACCAAUCAUUCUGUGAAAAGAAACCUUUUCUUUUGCAACUCUGAUCAAAUGUCAUCAUCCACUGUGGUUAUGAUGCUUUGACAUCGCACAUGUUACUUUGUGGUUAACAGAACAUUAUGAAAAAUGUCCAUGGUGUUAAAAUGAUAAAAAGUGUGCCAUUGGCAAUCUGUUCCUCCGCCAUGUGUUCUCACCACAAACAGCUGAGCAUGUCUCUUAAAGGGAUAUUUCAUUAAAAAAUUCAUAUUUUGUCAUCUUUUACCCUCACCCUCAAACUUUCAAUGCUUCACUUUCCUUUUCAACCACCACUCUGGCUAUAAAUAAUGAUUAUAAAUGAAUGAGAAACACAUUUUAACCCUUGUGCGUCAAUAAAAAUAAGUUACUCAGAGGUCCUUAGAGGACAAAAAUGUCUGCAUCAAAAAACUGCCAUAAAAAUAUUAUAUAUUAAUAUUAUUUUCUACUUUCACUUAGAUUUUUUAACCAACAUCAGUCCUGAUCAUAACUACCAAAUAUUCAUUCAUUUUCAGGAUUUAACCCUUCAAAUGCCAGUUUGUUUAAAUAAUGCCACUGUUGUUUUUUACACACACACACACAUUUCUCAAUACACACAUACAAAACACACUCUGACAUCCAUACCAACACACCCACACAAUUUUAUCUGCAUCAUUUAUUAAAUUGGCCUGCAGUGCUCUAUAAUACAUCAAACAGAAAAUAGGAAAAAAGCAUGUAUUUGCUCCAUAGGCUAAAUGUGAGAAAAAUUGCGCCAUCUGGUGAAAAAUAUAAAAAAUUAUAAUUUUGAAGCCAGGGUGCCGGAAUGAAUGCGCAAUAUCAUAGAAUUCAUGAUUUUAUGCUUUAAUGGCACUAGGAUCAAAUAUUGCAGUUUUAAUGGGUUUCAAUGGGGACAUUUUUGUCCUUAAGGUCCUGAGUGUAACUAUUUUGUGUACACAGUGUAUUAGAGAUGUAUUAUAGGAACUGAGGUUGAAAUAUCAAAAUUCCCCCAAAAAUACACACAUUUGGCAAAAUAUAUGCCAUUGGCAUUAACACAGCCAAAAUGAUCGAAAAAACAAACAUGAAAAAGACAAAAAUGUCCCAAAGGUCGCACAAGGGUUAAUAAUGUUUUCCCUUUCUGUUCAGUUUUAUUGAGAAUGAUGUGAUAUCAAAUGGAAAAAGAACACAGGUAUGGUAUGAACUUAUGAUCAACAGAUAGCUUUCAGUCAUUUGACUUUGGAUUUAAAACUGAUGAUGAUGCAAAUAUGGAGAAAGCUUGGAUCAGUAACAACAAGCAAGUGAGAAAAAACAUGUUUGUCAGUGAUACUGUAACCAGUCAGUGUACAUCUGGUUACCAUUGACACUACAGCAUUCAUGAUACAAAAAUGCUGAAAUAUAUCCAUGACUAUGACCUUAUUCACAGUAGCGCCAUCUUUGAUUACGAGGCUGUGAGGGAUAUACUUAUAAUGUUUCAAUGCUUAAUCAACGAAACGCUCCAAAAACACUUUAAACAACUGUACAACCCAUUAAAGAGAGAAAAGUCUAUCCCUCACAGCCUUGUUGUCAUUCCGGUCAAAAAUUAAAGAUGGCGCUACCGUGAACAAGGACUGUAGACCUUUGUAACCAAAAAAAAAUUUCAACAUGUUGAAACAUCGAAGAAACAAACCUAAAGCAUAUUGUCAUCAUCAGAAUAUAUAUAUAUAUAUUUAUUUACUUCUCGCAAUUGCAGCUUUCUAACUUUCAACUGCAAGAUGUUGUGUAAAGUCACAAUUAUGUGAUAUAAAAUCGCAAUUGCGUGAUAUAAACUGACAAUUGCAACUUUAUUUCUUCCAAUUGCAAGUUAAUAUUAUGCAAUUGCGACUUUGUAUCUCACAGUUGCGAGAAAUAACGUUAGAAUUGUGGGAUGUAAAGUUUUUAUUCCCUGGCGAAAUAAAGGCACCAUGAAAUAACACACUAGUUUUGCAGUGGAGAAGACCAAUCACAAUUUAGUGUGCUUAUAAAUGCAAUUCCUAAGACCAAUCAGAAUUCGGUAUGCCAAUACUGCAUGCGUUUAAAAAAAAUAGGCUGCAAAGAUAGCUAGACGUCAUGCAGCGAACACAGGUGUCUUGAGAGGCGUUUUUAACAGUCUAAAAAAUGUGGCGCUCUAGUGCGAGAUGCUAAAAAACAGUCACAGAUGUCAGUCUAGCACAUGUUUACAUAGAAGAACAAUUGAAAAAUAAUGCAAAAACUCAUUGGAGUAAUUGACAGGUAAUGCUGAAAUUAUAAAAAUAAGUAUGAAUGGUGUCUGUAUAAGCAAUUAAAGUCGAAUUAAUUGCAGAAAAUUGUGGUGAAGAAAAAUAGAAUGAUUUAAGAAUAUCAAUACAGCACUGCCUUACAAGCACUGUAAAAAAAACCAAAAAAAACUUUUAAGGCACUGGAAUCUUCUUUUGGAUAAUAGGGAAGAUGAGUGAAAGAUUUUAAUGUUGUUUGUUCUUUAAAAACUGUAGUGAGCCAAAGUCUUCAUUUUAGACAACCAGAAUAUUUGGACAUCUACAGAGGCAGUUUUAGUCUUGUAUGAUGACUACAUUUGACCAGGAAGCAGCUUUGAAUCAGAUGAACAUUGAACAUUAGAAAAUAAUUACAGGUAUACAAAAUACAACUUGCACAAUUAUACACACUCAAUUAACGGCUGGUUUUUGUGACCAGAUAUACAGUAAAAUAAUGGAAAUACAUAUAAGGACUUUAAUAGGACUUCACAUCAAAAAUGACAAUUUUGUCAUUUACUCACUCUCAUUCCAAAUCCGUAUGAUUUUCUCUCUUCAGUUGAAAGCAAAAGAUGUUUUAUAGAACUUCUGUGCUUCUCUUUUCCAUAUAACAAAAGUAUGUUUUGUAUGUAACAAAAGGACUAAAUGUCCCAUAAAAGUAGUUCAUACAACUCAUGCACUAUAUUACUAGUCUUCUGAAGCCAUUCAACAGCUUUUUGUGACAGACUGAAAUUUACGUAAUUAUUAGCAACACCUAUGAACCAAUUCCAUGGUUACCAAGAAUGUGUAUAUGAGAGAAAGUGUUUUCCAAGAAUGUGGUUACAAGAUCCGUAAGAACCAAUGCCAUUUGGCAUCAUUAGCUGCAUUUCCACUAUUGGGCCAAAUGAGGGGGUGCUAGUGCGUGCCAGGGCCAGCACUUCAGGGGCUUCAUCGUGUCUCGCCGGGGCUUUCUCUGGGGCAACGGCCUUCAGCCUACCGAUUUACUUUGAUGAGUAAAAUUUGAUUGAUACUUUUAAUGAGGUCUCUUUUUAAUAUUUUGGCUGAUGAAAAUGCGCAACGUCAGAUCAAUGGCGUCUGCCAAAAUAAAGACAUGAUUAAUUAUAUUGUCACCGAAGUUGUGUAUCCAGCGCAAAACGGUACAGGUUUGGGAAAAAUUAAAAAAAUUGCAGGCACAGUACAAAUCCGUGUUCAUUUCGAGGGCUAGCUAGUCUCCAGAGUCUGAUACCUAAGCUUGAGCUUCUCUCUUGCUUGUGAAAGGGGCAGGGUGUGUGACAUUGGCACCAAGGCUGCGUAUUAAGGGCAGGUUUUAGAAGAAAAUACAGUUGAAGUCAGAAGUUUACAUACACUUAGUUUGAAGUCAUUAAAACUCAUUUUUUAACCACUUCACAGAUUUAAUAUUAGCAAACUAUAGUUUUGGCAAGUCGUUUAGGACAUCUACUUUGUGCAUGACACAAGUAAUUUUUCUAACAAUUGUUUACAGACAUUGUUUCACUUUUAAUUGACUAUAUCACAAUUCUAGUGGGUCAGAAUUUUACAUACACUAAGUUAACUGUGCCUUUAAGCAGCUUGGAAAAUUCCAGAAAAUGAUGUCAAUCCUUUAGACAAUUAGCUUCAGAUAGGAGGUGUACUGAACUGGAAGUGUACCUGUGGAUGUAUUUUAAGGCCUACCUCCAAAGUCAGUGCCUCUUUACUUGACAUGGGAAAAUCAAAAGAAAUCAGCCAAGACCUCAAAAAAAAAAAAAAAAAAACAUUGUGGACCUUCACAAGUCUGGUUCAUCCUUGGGAGCAAUUUCCAAAUGCCCGAAGGUACCACAUUCAUCUGUACAAACAAUAGUACGCAAGUAAAAACACCAUGGGACCACGCAACCAUCAUACCACUCAGGAAGGAGACGUAUUCUGUCUCCUAGAGAUGAACGUAAUUUGGUGCGAAAAGUGCAAAUCAAUCCAAGAACAACAGCAAAGGACCUUGUGAAGAUGCUGGAGGAAACAGGUAGACAAGUAUCUAUAUCCACAGUAAAACGAGUCCUAUAUCGACAUAACCUUAAAGGCUGCUCAGCAAGGAAGAAGCCACUGCUCCAAAACUACUAUAAAAAAGCCAGACUACAGUUUGCAAGUGCACAUGGGGACAAAGAUCUUACCUUUUGGAGAAAUUUUCCUCCUUUUUUUUGCUGUUUGGCCAUAAUGACCAUUGUUAUGUUUGGAGGAAAAAGGGUAAGGCUUGCAAGCCGAAGAACACCAUCCCAACCGUGAAGAAUGGGGGUGGCAGCAUCAUGUUGUGGGGGUGCUUUGCUGCAUGAGGGACUGGUGCACUUCACAAAAUAGAUGGCAUCAUGAGGAAGGAAAAUUAUGUGGAUAUAUUGAAGCAACAUCUCGAGACAUCAGCCAGGAAGUUAAAGCUUGGUCACAAAUGAGUCUUCCAAAUGGACAAUGACUCCAAGCAUACCUCCAAAGCUGUGGCAAAAUGGCUUAAGGACAUUUAUUUUCCAAGCAACUUAUUGUGAGAAGCUUGUGGAAGGCAACCCAAAACGUUUGACCCAAGUUAAACAAUUUAAAGGCAAUGCUACCAAAUACUAACAAAGUGUAUGUAAACUUCUGACCCACUGGGAAUGUGAUGAAAGAAAUAAAAGCUGAAAGAAAUAAUUCUCUCUACUACUAUUCUGACAUUUCACAUUCUUAAAAUAAAGUAGUGAUCCUAACUGACCUAACUAAACAGAUAGGGAAUGUUUUCUACGAUUAAAUGUCAGGAAUUGUGAAAAACUGAGUUAAAAUGUAUUUGGCUAAGGUGUAUGUAAACUUCUGAUUUCAGCUGUUGUUGCAAGCAGAGCUCCAAAAAGGGGCAGGAGCUCCAAACUGCCAGCAAAAAUAAAGGGAGCCCCUAACCUAAUCUAACCCUUCCCUAACCAUGAGAGGAAGUGACGCCGCCUUUUAUAGUUGGCGCAACCCCCUUCUGGAGUAACCCCGCACUCUUUAGGAGAUCACCCCCCCCCAGAUCUCUGGCCUGCAGCUAUACCUAAUUGGGUUUUAGGGCAAUGCUGCUGGGCUAUUGGCACAAUGGUGGGAAUGUUAUUGGACCUGAGGCUAUUGGCCCCAGCUGACCAGUUGAUAGCCCUGGCUUGCACUGGCUGAUAGUGGAAAUGUGGUUAUUGAUAUCAAACCUUGCACAAUCCACCAUAGGUGAAUUCUCAUUGUAUACUUUCUUUAUAUGAAAAAGAGCUACCUUUCCGUGUUUUACGGAAGAAAGUAAUGUCAGACUUUCCAUUGUUGGGUGAACUAUUCCUUUUUAGUAGCUUUGAUGCUAUAUUACUGGUACACCUUAAAUUAAACUGUGGGUUUUUGUUCCUUAUGGGUUCUCAACCCUGCUCUUGGAAGGCCAGUAUCCUUCAGAGUUUAUGCUACGUUCCAUUCAAAGUCGGAUGUAGGAUAUUCCAGCUUGAUAUUGCUGAUCUCCAACCACGAAGGCAUUCCAUUACCUGAUACUCGGAAGAUCAGGUAAUUACACCUGAUAAGGAAUAAGGAAACAAUAUAAGGAAACAAAACUGAACAUUCCUGAUGUGCCUGGUUUCACAUGAAUUCGUAGGUGGAAAUGCCCGAGUUGAAAUUCCCCACUUCCGACCUCAAAGCGUUCCAAUCAAAUUAUACGGCAC